CGAGCGAGCGAGCGAAUGACCUACGGUUAGCUUAGCCUGUUAGCCGAGCUCAGAGAUGUCCCCGUCCCCGUGUCUGUCUCUGUCUCUGUCUCUGCUGAGACACGGUGUGCAGCAGCGCCUCGCAGCGGCCGCGGAGCAGAUUUUCGAGUUGUUUGAAAAAGCCCUCGCGGAGUAUGAGGAUGAAUUCACUCGUUCACUUCAGGAGGAAACCGUCUUCAGACGUCACGUUCACACUGAAGUGUCUGCAGGUGUCCAGCAGGGGGCAGUGAGAAAGGAUGAGGUGGAGCCUGAAUGUCACCACAUUAAAGAGGAACAGGUGGAACCGUGGACCAAUGAGGACGAAGACGUGACCGAGUUCAACUUCAGUCCCGUUAUCGUGAAGGACGAGGACAGACCUGAGCUUCAUCAGAGUCUCACUGAGGACAACAGAGAUGACUGUGGAGGACCAGAAGCAGAUGGACAUUUAGUACCAGUGAGUCCUGAAGCAGCUGAAGACGUUUCUGCCACUGAAGACAGUGAAGAUGACUGGAGGACGAGCAGGAAACGAGCAGGUCUGAAGAAACGUAAAACACAUGUUUCUGUCGCAGAGAAACCGUUUGUUUGCACCGAGUGCGGGAAAGGAUUUAAGCUGAGGGAUCAUCUGAAGGCACACGAGAGGAUUCACACCGGAGAGAAACCGUUCGGCUGCUCCGUCUGCGGCAGGAGAUUCAACCAGAAGUCAAACCUGCGGAGACACGCGGUCACGCACACGGGAGAGAAACCGUUCGUUUGCUCCGUGUGUGGAAACAGAUUUCGCCUCAAGGACAGUCUGAAGUCACACCUGAAAAUCCACACUGGAGAGAAACCGUUCGGCUGCUCCAUCUGCGGGAAAACAUUCAAACAGAAAGAAUAUUUAAUGGAACACACGGUCGUCCACACGGGCGAGAAACGCUUCGGCUGCUCAGUUUGUCACCGCAGUUUUACCUGGCGUCAUCAGAUCAGGAGCCAUCAGUGUGUUAGAGACUUAUCGCUGCUUCACCAGAGUCUCACUGAGGACAGCAGAGAGGACUUUGGAGGACCAGAACCAGCCGGAAACUCAGGUCCAGAUGGACAUUUAGGACCAGUGAGUCCUGAAGCUUCAGGGGCGUUUGCAGCUGAAAAUCUUUCCGGUUCUACGGACGGUGAAGACGAUCAGAGGACGAGCAGGAGACGAGCAGAUCUAAAGAAACUGAAGCCAAAUGUUUCUGCUGCAGAGAAACCGUUUGUUUGCACCGAGUGCGGGAAAGGAUUUAAAGUGCGGGCUCAUCUCAAGGCACACGAGAGAAUUCACACCGGAGAGAAACCGUUCGGCUGCUCCGUCUGCGGAAAAAGAUUCAACCAGAAGUCAAACCUGCGGAGACACGCGGUCACGCACACGGGAGAAAAACCGUUUGUUUGCUCCGUGUGUGGGAACAGAUUUCGCCUCAAGGACAGUCUGAAGUCACACCUGAAAAUCCACACUGGAGAGAAACCGUUCGGCUGCUCCAUCUGCGGGAAAACAUUCAAACAGAAAGAAUAUUUAACCAAACACAUGAUUGUCCACACGGACGGAGACGGGACGAGAGGGGCGGAGCCGCCAACCAGCAGUUAG